CAAUUUCUUAAAGCGCGCGUGUGAGGUUGAAGGUCAGCCGAAAACAGGUGUAGAUGGAGAAUGCGGUUCCUGAAUUCGCUCGUCGUUUGUACAAAGAGUGGCGUGAUUUUACAGCUGAACCAGUCGAAGGUAUCCAUUUGAUGCUCAAUGAGCAAGAUAUGACGGAAGUUCAAGUCGUACUUGACGGUCCUGUUGGUACCCCUUAUGAUGGUGGCAAAUUCCGUCUGAAGAUGUUGAUCCCUAUGCAGUAUCCGAUGGAACCGCCGAAGGCUUACUUUUGCACGAAGAUAUUCCACCCAAACAUAGCACCAAACACCGGAGAGGUUUGCGUAAACACACUGAAGAAGGAUUGGAAAUCCAAUUUAGGACUACGACAUAUCCUUCUAACUAUAAGGUGUUUGUUGAUAGAACCCAAUCCAGAGUCAGCUCUUAAUGAGGAGGCUGGAAAAUUGCUAUUAGAAGAUUACAGUGAGUUUGUGGCAGAAGCUCGGCUCCUCACAGAAGUACAUGCUUACUGGCACGUUCGGGAACAAGCGAAAGUCAGUAGUCAGAAGAUGCAUCAAGACGACCAUGCAAGUAUCGAUAUCUUACAAUUCAAUAUUUACAAGGUCGCAGAAAAUCUGCAGUCAGAAGACAUAAUCAAUAUUUUUUAGUCCCGCCUAUUGUAUUCUCCCGAGUUGUUUAAGGUUUACCACCUAAUUUUAUCUCUCCUAAGUUUUAGUUGUGUUCCUCUCGAUUUUCGUGACAGUUUUGUACAAGCCAUGUUACAAACUCCGUUUAUCUCCUUUCAGUAUUAUAUUUUAUAACUAAAGGCUGUCAUAUCGAACGAAAACGAAGGGUAUUGUCUGUAUAGGAUUCCGAUGGUAGAUGCGUUAGAUAUUUAUUUGAACCUCUUCUGAAACUUUAUUCCUUGUUGCAGAUUUAGGCGUAGGGUUGGUGACAGUUAGGUACCACUGACACUUAUCAGGUCAAAGACCAGAAAAGUCAGACAAGACUACUUUCAUUAUUUUGGUCGCGAUAUGUAUUAGUAAUCAUAUAAAUGAAAUUCCAUGGGCUGCGCAGUAUAGCGUUUCGUGUUUAGGUUUUCUUUGAGCUUUCACAAAUGCUUUCUUCCAUGUAGUCUGGUCAUGGUACAUGUGUCCCGUUUGUAUCCUUUAUCCUAUUUAAAUUAUUUGUUAGUUCUAGUUAUGGUUAUGUAAGUUACUUUUCAGUCGUUGAUACUAUUGUUGGAAGUUUGCGAACUAAUUCCUACUCAGACUUUUUGCACAGUAAAUAAAUGUAACUGAUGUAAGAUGUGUUGAUAUAAAUAAUAUUGAGUAACGUAAUCAGAGUAUUAGCUGUGGGUUGUCUUUUCCUAAAUUUCUCAUAAAAUGAUUUUUAUCCAAUUAAAAUACAUUAGCUCAUAAAGACCUUCAGUAGUAACGGUUUUUUUUUAACGUUUGUAACCAUGAUCUAGUAACUAUUUUCACAGAACAACAUAAAAUUACGUGAUAAACUCCACAUUGUUCUCAAAGUCUCGGUAUUUCGCUGUUAUCUCAUUUCAGGUCAGGCAAUUCGACUGAUGCGCGUACACAUUCUAAAGUGACACAACGCAACAACUCAUUAUUUCGUAAAGCGCUCAAACGGUUGUAGUACCUAGGAGCGCAAUGCUCCCUGAAUGAAGACUUGUAAUGAAUAAUCUAUACCUUGUGCAUUUAUGUAAAUUACAUGAUAAUUGUACUUUAGCUUACUUUUAAUUCCUACCACUGAAUAUUUUGGUCGAUAACACAAAAACAGUAGCUGAAUUUAUUACCACGUGAAUCAACCUAUUAGUGAAAAUAUGAUCUAAUUACAUCAAGCUACAUUUUCCGAACCCUAAUCAAAGAUCUAAAUUAUUAGACGUGCAUAACACCUAUAAAAUGCGGGAUGAUUAGUACGAGCAAACUCGUGUUUUAGAAACAGUUGACUUAUUUCCUCACCAGUUGUAGAGAAAGAGGUCUGUUAACCCAGAUGACCUACAACAUUCAUUGUAGUGAGGAUGUUAAGAUGUGUAUCGGG